AUGGCAGUUGAAUCUGGGGACCAUGGCAGUGGCUUCCACCAUGCUGAAGUAAUCAAAUUCAUUAAUAAUGAAGUCCUUAUGAAUGGAGGGGGUCCUGAAUUCUAUAUGACCUUUCGCUCUCUGUCUUGGAAUGAGAUAGAAGAUCAGCUUCACACCAUCAUUGUCGACCCAAUGCCACGCUCCCUCAAGAGGGCUUGUACCUGGAGUGCUUUGGCUUUGAGUGUGAGAGUGGCUGCCAGGCAGCGUGAGCAGCAGGCACAUAGAGUUUGGAGGCUGCAGGACCAGGUGGGAGAACGUGAGUCAGCUUCCUGGACUCUGGUCUCUGAACUCCGGAGGUUGCGAGAAGAGAGGGACCAGGCAGCUGCUCAACUUCUGUCUACACAGACUGCCCUCCAGGAGGCAAUGGAUGAGCGGGAAAUACUUCUUGGGAGGCUGCUCCAAGCAGAGAGGUCUGCACUGGCCUUUGUGCCUGAAGCUAGAAUGGAACACUCUAGAGCAUCACUGUGGUCGUUUGAGGAAGAGCUGGAAUUUAGAGAGCCCCAGAACAUGUCCCAUUUGGAGGCCCAGAUGCCAAUCUUAUCUUGUGUGCCUGGACUUCCAAGUCCUUGGAUCGAAGCAGUGCAUCCCUUUCUUCGAAUGCCUGCGCAUCCACUACCACUCAAUGCACCAUUCUCCUUGGGAUAUCCGUAUUCAACACCUACACCAUAUCCAGUAUUAAUGGACUCCGGAGCAACAGCAGCAGCUAUGGCCACAGGUUUACCUCAGACAGGUCCAUCAGGAAUCUACCCACCUGGCUUGUGGGUUACAUUGGAGUCCCAAGACGCAAUAGCUCCCUCUGGGGACCAAAUCUGCCCUAGGCAGAAUGAAUGUUCUGAGCUCCUCCAGGAUGAAAGUCACCUGGCAGAAAGCAUAAGCCACUGUGAAGAAGAAGAAGAUCCAGAGAAACCUCAAGGAACAUCUCUCCAUGGGGACAGCAGCAACAGCCACAAAGAAAAUCAUGCCAUAUCCCCGAUGAUGGCUGCCACUGAAAAGAAAAGUCUAGUGAUGCAUCUGGAAACAGCUGCAGUGGAGGUCAACAGUAAUUACAGCAUAAAGGAAGAUUCAGUAAUGUCCCAGGAGAUAGCUGCCCAGGGGAACAAAACCAGCUCCACCCAGAAGAAAUGCCCAGAAAUUCCCGGGACGGUGGCUGGCUUGAAAGACAGCAUCAGCCACAAUACCAAAUAUGUUUUGGUAACUCUCCCAGAGACAGAUACCCAAGUGACCAAAACCACCCCUACCCUGAAAAAAUAUCCAGAGGUUAUCAUGAGGAAGCCUGACCUGGAAAACAUAGUUAGCUGUAUCCAGCAAGAGGAUGCAAAGACAUUCCAGAGGGACCUGAGAGAAGGAACCAGAAAUUGCCAGAAAGAAGAUACUUUUCAGCAGAUGACACACCUGGCUGCUGGUGGGAGUCCUAAUGAGAAGAAAAUGCCACAAGGGACUGGCAAGAGCCAGAGCCAUAAAGAAGAGCCAAACAGGUUCCAAACAAACCACAUGGGAAAAAGUAAAAGUUAUUUUAUGAAUAAAUGCCCUAAAAUCCAACUGGCUCCAAAGCAAAAGGUCAAGCAACCACAAGGGAUAAAAGCUUUAGAAUCCAAGCAACCUCAAAGGACAAAAUCUGAAUCUAAGCAACAGGAAAAACCUCUCUCACACCGUACUUCAGUGAAUUGGGUCUGCCCAUCAUGUAAAACUCUGAAUCGCUCAUGGUGCAAGGGUUGCUCUAAAUGUACAAAAGCAAGUGCUCAUCUUGAAAGAAAAGAUGUUGAUCCAUAA